AUCGUUAUAAGGCGCACGAUAGAAAUUGGUGACAGUUUCCCACUUUCUCUGUGAAAGACGUAAAGUACCGAUGUAACUAAGAGGAAAGUGUGACGUGAUGUUCUCAGUUUCAUAGGGUCGAAUGGUUUCACAAAUUAGGAAACAUAAUUCCACCGUUUCAAUUUAAACAAUUAUUCAUCGUCGUGUUACAAUGAAUCAGACGGAAAGUAUUCUGUGGUUACCAUUUCAACCGCAUUGAUAUCAACGCUGAUUAAAAUUACUUUGAAAUGUCAUUAUAUCAUCCGAUGUAGGUACUAUGACCUUAGAGAAAGUCUUCCUUUUAUUUGACAAGCUUGUAUAUUAACUUUAUAAAAGAUAUAGAAACCAAAACCACUCAAGACUCGAAGGGCAAAUGGAGCUGAAUAAUGUGGCGGAUAAUGGAAUUGGCCGGAUGACAAAAGAUAACUUACAACGUUGACUACUGAUAAAAACGCCACCAAAUUAAGCGGCAAGUUGACAACGAAAUCAAGUAGUAGACUCACAGGGAUUGAAUUUAUUUCUAUACGCGAUGUGCAAUAACAAUAAGGAAAAUAAAAAUACAGUCUCCAGACAUAGGCCAAUCAAAGUCACGACAAUUGGAGAUGGUACUGUAGGCAAAACAUGUAUGCUUAUUACAUAUACGACAAAUGAAUUCCCUUCGGAAUAUGUGCCUACUGUCUUCGAUAACUAUGCAGGCACAAUAUGCGUAGAUGGACAAGAAUUUGAUAUGACUUUAUGGGAUACUGCUGGUCAGGAAGAUUAUGAACGAAUCAGACCUUUAUCUUACCCAAAUACUGAUUGCUUCUUGAUCUGCUUUUCAGUAAAUUCUCGCACUUCUUAUGAAAAUGUUGCAAUCAAAUGGCAUCCGGAAAUUAAACAUCACUGUCCAAAUACACCUAUAGUGCUUGUUGGUACAAAAGGGGAUCUUAGAAAUCAAGAAAACGUGGAUACAAUUACUUUCAAAGAAUGUAAAAAAAUGAAAAAGAAAGUAAAAGCUUAUAAAUAUGUCGAAUGUUCUGCUUUGAAAUGUGAGAACUUAGAAGAAGUAUUCACUGAAGCGAUUCGAGCAGUAUUGAAAAAACCAUCGAGCAAACUUUGUUGUUCAUUUUGAAGCUUAAGUUAUAAAAUAAUAUUUAUAAUUAAUUAAUAGGAAAUAUUGAUUUAUAGUAAUAUUAAUGGAUAAAAAUAUUAACUGUAAGAUCUGUGGACUCUACAGUUUUCCUACAUUUCCUUAAUAUUCAAAAUUUAAUAAAACGAUUAUAAAUAAUACCAAACAACAAAUAAUUCAUAUUUUGUAAAUAUAUUAAUGCUGAUUACAGAAUUAAGUAGACUUCAUUGUACAUCUGUAUCAUAGAAUACCAUUAAUAAAAAGGAAUUUAUUUCAUCAAUAUUAUUAAACAGUCCUUUGAAUGAAAUGAAAAUGAGUUUUUUUUUCUUUUUUUUUUUUUUUUUUUUUUUUUUUGUGGAAUAUUUCUUGUUAAAACAUUCUUUUUUCUUUAUCGACUAACGGUAACAAAUUGGAAUAGAAAUAAAAUUCCACUAUAUUACGUAUAAUUUUUAAAAAAUAAUUUUUACUUAUGUUUCAUAGUUGUCCUUAUUUACUAUGUAUGUACAGUUGUUAUAGCUACUAUUUUAAAUAUCAUGUUAUCUAUUCUUAAAUGCGAUUAAUUAAAUACUAAUAAUUUUCUUAUACAUACAAAAUUUAAAAUUAAGAAGCAGUCAUAUUCAUACAAUUUUAACGUCCAAAAGCUCCAUCAGAAAGUGGAGUUACUUUUUGUUGUAUUAUUUUACCAUAGCCUCCUCUUCCACUAUCAAAGUCUGAUCUGUAUUCAUCUCUUACCUAUAAUAAUAUAAUUUAUUAUAUUAAAUUUUAAUGCGCUAUGAUUCUAUAAUUAUAUUAUUACAGAAAAUAAAGGUACACACUUGUCCUCCAGUUUUGCCUCUUCCAUAUUGCCUGCCUUCGAUAAAACCAGCAUCCCAAUCUGUUCUAAUAAUUCUAUCAUCUAAACGAGUACCAUUAAUAUAUCGCAUACAAUUUUCAGCAUCAGCCCUUUGAUAAUAC